UUUGGAUUUCUGAAUCUUCUUGUCUGCUGAAGAACACCAAAAUGGAGAAGAGAGUGACGGAGAAUCCCAAUUCCGAGACGCAACCUCCUCCUCCGCCGAAUCAUCAAAUGGAUGCAGACGACGACGACGAGAAUGUGAAACAGCUCAAGGAGUGUUCUUCUCUCUAUUUGUCUUUACAGGAUUGUCUUGUUGAUAGCAACAGGGACUGGAAGUCUUGCCAAAAACAUGUUCAAGCUUUGAAGGAAUGUCAUGAAAGGAGAAUGAAGAAAUGAUAGAGAUGAGCCAAUACCUGAUUAGUUACUUUCUUCUUAUAGAGAAACCAUAUAAGUAUGACAUUUAUAUGUUCACGGUCUUGCAAAAAUUGAAUAAAAGAACGGUUUCCUCUGAUUGUGUUCCAAAAUGUACAAGCUUUCAUACUAUGUAAUCUUGGUUUUGUUUUGUUGCUCGUUGAUUUUGGUUCAUUGCACA